AUGGAGCUGGACACAGCGGCUAUGGACCUGGAUUGGCUCCGCGGGGACCCGUUAAUGGACAGGCUGUUGGAGGAGGCCGUGUGCCAGCAGCAGGGAUGGCUCCGGAUCCACGAUGUCCGUGGGGCUCCUACGCACCGCUUCUCCUGUGGACAGAGCACAGAGUGUGUGUGGCAGAGGAGGUUCUGCAUCCUGACAGACUGCCAGCUGCUACUCCUGCCCAGAGACCAGGAGGCUCCAGCAGAUCUGCGGGACUCUUUCACGGACCCGAAAGGACGCAGUCUUCGCCGCACCGUCAGUGUCCCUUCAGAGGGGCACUUCCCUGAGCUGCAGAUAGAGGGCACACUUGAUGUUUGUGCGGACCACUCUCCAAGGAGGAGGAGCAUCUCUGGGCUCAGCUCAGACCGAAGCCCUAGUCCAGUGGAACCUCCCAGCUCCUCCCCGUUCAAAGUCCCGGGCUUUUUCAGCAGACGACUCAAAGGCUCCAUUAAGAGGACCAAGAGCCAGACAAAACUCGACCGCAACCCCAGCUUCAGACUUCCUGCAGUGCCACCCUCCGAUUUAGACAAAUGUAGUCCGGGGCGUCUGAAGGAGGACUGUGUGAGUCCGGCUGUGGCAGUGGAGACUCUAGACCUGGGACAGGACCAGGACGUGAGUGUCAAACCGCUCCACAGCAGCCUGCUAGGACAGGACUACUGCUUUGAGGUCUCGUUUCCUGGAGGCAGCAAGUGCUUCAGCUGCAGCUCUGCGUCAGAGAGAGACAAGUGGAUGGAGAACCUGCGGCGCACCAUACAACCUAACAAGGACAACUGCCGUCGCGAGGACACGACUCUGCGUCUGUGGAUCAUUGAAGCCAAAGACUUGGCUCCAAAGAAGCGAUACUUCUGUGAGCUGUGUCUGGACGAUGUGCUGUACGCACGCACCACCACCAAGCCCCGCACUGACAGCCUCUUCUGGGGAGAGUACUUUGAGUUCAGCGGCCUGCCCCUGGUGCAGAGCAUCACCGUGCACGUGUACCGCGAUGUGUGCGAAAACCAGAAAAAGAAGAAAAAGGACAAAAACAACUACGUGGGCCUGGUGAACAUCACCGUAGGCGGCAGUGGGGGACGGCAGUUCACUGAGCGGUGGUACUCUCUGAGCACGCCCAGUCUGGUCAAAGGCAAAGGCCCCGCCCCCUCUGUGCGCAUCAAGUGGCGCCUGCAGACCAUCUCUAUCCUGCCCAUGGAGCAGUACAAAGAGUUUGCAGAGUUUGUCACCAACAAUUACUCGUCUUUGUGCUCCGUGCUGGAGCCCGUCAUCAGCGUGCGCAAUAAGGAGGAGAUGGCCUGUGCGCUGGUGCACAUCCUGCAGAGCACAGCCCGAGCUAAGGACUUCCUCACGGACCUGGUCAUGUCUGAGGUGGACCGCUGUGCUGACCAUGAUGUGCUGAUCUUCAGAGAAAACACUCUGGCGACCAAAGCCAUCGAAGAGUACCUCAAACUGGUGGGACAGAAGUACCUCCAUGAUGCGUUAGGAGAGUUCAUCAAAGCUCUGUACGAGUCGGAUGAGAACUGUGAGGUGGACCCCAGUCGAUGUCCGAGCAACCAGCUGUCCGAGCACCGCAGCAAUCUGAAAAUGUGCUGUGAGCUGGCCUUCUGCAAGAUCAUCAACUCAUACUGCGUGUUCCCGAGGGAGCUGAAGGAGGUGUUUGCGUCCUGGAGACAGCAGUGUCUUGCUCGAGGGCACUCAGCCGACAUCAGCAAACGUCUGGUCAGCGCCUCACUGUUCCUGCGCUUCCUCUGCCCCGCCAUCAUGUCCCCCUCACUCUUCAACCUGACGCAGGAGUACCCCGACGACCGCACCGCACGCACACUCACCCUCAUCGCCAAAGUCAUCCAGAACCUGGCCAACUUCUCAAAGUUUGGGAAUAAGGAGGAGUACAUGGCCUUCAUGAAUGACUUCCUGGAGCAUGAGUGGUCUGGGAUGAUGCGUUUCCUGUCGGAGAUCUCAAACCCUGAGAGUCUGUCGUCCACUCCGGGCUUUGAGGGCUACAUGGACCUGGGCCGUGAGCUGUCUGUGCUGCACGCGCUGCUGUGGGAGGUGGUCUCUCAGCUGGACAAGGGUGAGAACUCCUUCCUGCAGGACACAGUGGCAAAGCUGGGGCCCCUCCCCAGGAUCUUGGGGGACAUUAGCAGGUGCCUCUCUGCUCCCACACCGGCCCCUCAGCCACUGCAGCGCUUCCACGCUCUGAGCUCCACCAACAUCAGCGGCAGUCAGUCCUCCGGCCUCCACAGCAUCAUGGAGAACAACAGUGACGUGCACAGUGUCCUGUCCGGUGCAGAGCUGGAGCUGAUGCCAAACGGCCGCAGCAUCUCCCUGGUGGAUCUACAGGAAGCACAGCAGGUCCACAGAGUCCCCUCCCAGACCUCAGUCGGAGCCACUGUGAGCUACUCCACCCCCCUGGCCCCGCAGCCGACCAGAGCUGUGGCCCCCAGAGACGCACAGCCCCAGAGUGCGCCACAGGUGCGGCGCCCCCUGCAGGCCUCCCUCAGUCAGCAGCGCAGCCUCCAGGCCCUGUCCUUUCAGAACCCUGUGUACCACCUUUCCCCCCACAACUCCAGCCCCCCACACUCCAGCCCCGACCUGAGCAUGGCCAGCUCCCAGCACAGCCCCUCUACGCCCCGAAGGACCCCAGAGACCCCCACGCCCAGAGCCCCAGUGGCCCUCAGCACAGCAGUGGCUGUCCCCCGACAGAGCAGCACGGCCGGCACCGCGCACAUUGUCAAGGUGGAGCAGCAGAGCCGGGGGUCACGCACACCCAAGUCCCCUUCACACAGCGCCUCUUUGAGGAGCAGCAGCAGCACGAACACUGAGCCCACUGCCCCAGGAGUCCCUCCAGGUGCUCCAGGACCCGCUCAACCACAGCCUGCCUGCCCAAGUGACAGCCAAAACCCUGCGGCAUCCCGCGGAAAAGCAACGCAGCAGGCGUCUCCCAUGGAGCCCGUUGCUGUGGCCAUGUCCCCAGUGGACCGCACUGCUGCCUGGGUCCUGAACAAUGGGCAGUACGAGGAGGCGCAGGAGGAGGAGGCGCAGGGGGGGGAGGAGGAGGAGGUGGGGAAGAGCCCUGAGCACAGCGGCUCUGAGAAGUACGAGCUGCAGAUCUCCUCUCUGAAGGAGCGCCUGCGUCUGUCGGGCCGGCGCCUGGAGGAGUACGAGCGGCGUCUGGUGGCGCAGGAGCGGCAGAUGCACACGGUCCUGAGCGAGUACCAGACCCGGCUGGAGGAGAGCCAGGAGCAGCUCCAGAGGCAGAGCCAGGAGAAGGAUGGCCAGAUGAAGAGCGUCAUGUGCAGGUUGAUGGCGGUGGAGGAGGAGCUGCGCAGGGACCACGCAGAGAUGCAGGCCGUCAUCGAAGCCAAGCAGAAGAUUAUUGACGCACAGGAGAAGCGGAUCCUCUCUCUGGAUGCGGCGAACACUCGUCUGAUCUCGGCGCUGACUCAGGUGAAGGAGCGCUACAGUGGGGUGAGCCUGCGUAACGGCCUGUGCCCCUCCAGCCCGAGCAAACUGUCCAUCACGGAGAGCGGGGAGUUCAAGAGCAGCAGCUGA